GAUGUGCUAUAUAAAGGCGCCACCUUCUAAGCUGGUGGUACCCAUAGGCUCGAGUUAAGCUAACUCAGAAGCAAAAGAUCGCCAUGAAGUCAGUCCUUGUUCUCUGUGCAAUUGUUGCACUAUCAAGCGCAUGCACCAAGCUGCAGAAAUUCCAGCAGUGCAAUAUGGCUAAGUGCGCCUGUGCUUCCGGUCUCUCUUGCAUGCUGACGAAAACACUGGAGUUCCAAGGACAAUUAAUUCACAUCAAGCAGUGCAUGCCAGCCGGAGAAGAGAUCCCCACAGAGCACCUCACCGAUAAAGACGUCCAGGAAACGCUCAAACCAGGAAGCACCAGGGCUAUGACUGAAACUGCUGCUUUCUGGUACCCUGGCAAGGAAUGUAAUACUGCCGAUGACUGUAUUUGGCCAAAUACUUGCUGCAUCCUGAAGAAGCGAUGCUCGCUGAAGCUACCGAAAUACUUCACCUGCUACUUCACGAACGUUCACAAGUGCGGCUGCAUGGACGGACUGACAUGUAAGGUCACCACUCAUGUCAAGCUCCCUGUGGUGGACCUCAAUUUUCCCAUCAGGCAGUGCGUAGAUCCUGAGGCUACCGUAGCACCCUGAGGUCACCUGACACGCUGCUGGAAUGUUGUUAACGACAAAAAAUGCUUAACGAAAAUAAAAGUUGAUUCACGAUG